AAAAAACCACAACCUAUUCAGGGUAUACGCCAACACACAUAGUAGGAAUUCCAAGGUAAGAAUGCUAUAGUAGUAGGAAUAGGAACUAGCGUAGGAUCGAUAUGGCAAGGGUCGCCAUACGGGAAUGCCCAGCCGAGCUUCGGCCGAAUUGGUGUGUCUGGUAUUGCGAUGCUUGAUUAUGUCCUUCAUGUUCAUAUAUGCUUUCUGUUGGUCUUCUUCUGGCGCGUCCGUUGCUCACUGGACCACUCUCUGUGUAUGAUUGUGCAGGUUUCUUGAUCAUCGGCAUGGAGUUGGGAAGAGACGUGCAGAUCAGAAUGGCCGGCCCGCUCAACGAGCAGUCCUCCAGGGAAUCUCUCCCGUCGCUGCUCAUCCAGGUCCCGUCGCAGACCAUAGCCGGCUUCGACUGCGUCGGCCGCGACAACGCCGCCGCCCCCCUGGACACUGUCAUCUGCAUCCCGGCGCCGGCCAGCCCACCUCCGGCUGCCCCCGUGCCCGCAUACGACGACGCGCAGGUCCCCUACGCCCUCUCGCUCAGCAUGCCGGCGUCGCCCUCGGGGUUCCACCUCUCGCAGUUCAGGACGGCGUCGUCCGUGCGCCGCGACGAGGCGCCCGCAGUGACCAAGCCGGCCGAGCUGCAGGCUGAGGUGCACUCGCCGCGGCUGCUGAAGCAGACGCGGUUCCACUCGCAGCCCAUCCUCCACGCGUCCCAGCAGCUCAACGAGGGGCCGCGGCGAGCCGACACCACGCGCGACAAGCGGUUCGACCCCUUCAAGACCUUCUCCGGCCGCCUCGAGCGCCAGCUCUCCAACCUGCGUGGCCACCCCAUGGACCUCGACUCUCCCGGGUCCAAGAUCUCUGAGGAGACAGACCAGGUUCCGGGCACCGACCGCUACUUUGACGCCCUGGAAGGCCCCGAGCUCGACACACUCAGGUCGACGGAGGUGGCGGUGCUGCCGAGCGACGAAAAGUGGCCCUUCCUGCUGCGGUUCCCGAUCAGCGCCUUCGGGAUGGUGCUCGGCGUCAGCAGCCAGGCGAUCCUGUGGAAGGCGCUAGCGACGGCGCCGCCGACGGCGUUCCUCCACGUCAGCCUCACGGUGGCGCACGUGCUGUGGUACGUCUCGCUGGCCCUGAUGGGGCUCGUCUCAAGCAUCUACCUGCUCAAGGUCGUCUUCUACUUCGAGGCCGUCCGCCGCGAGUUCUACCACCCGAUCCGCGCCAACUUCUUCUUCGCGCCCUGGAUCGCCUGCCUCUUCCUCGUGCAGGGCGCGCCGAUAAUAGAGAUGACCCAGGUGCACCACGGCGUCUGGUACCUGCUCAUGGCGCCCAUCUUCUGCCUGGAGCUCAAGAUCUACGGCCAGUGGAUGUCCGGAGGCCAGCGCCGGCUGUCCAAGGUGGCCAACCCGUCCAACCACCUCUCCAUCGUCGGCAACUUCGUCGGCGCGCUGCUCGGCGCCAAGAUGGGCCUCCGCGAGGGCCCCAUCUUCUUCUUCGCCGUCGGCCUCGCACACUACAUCGUCCUCUUCGUCACGCUCUACCAGCGGCUCCCUACCAACGUCACGCUGCCCAAGGAACUUCACCCGGUCUUCUUCCUCUUCGUCGCCGCGCCCAGCGUUGCAUCCAUGGCCUGGGCCAAGAUUAAUGGCAAGUUCGACAACGGCGCCCGGGUAGCAUACUUCAUCGCGCUCUUCCUCUACAUGUCACUGGCUGUGCGCAUCAACUUCUUCAGAGGAUUCCGGUUCUCGCUGGCGUGGUGGGCCUACACCUUCCCGAUGACCGGCGCGUCCAUCGCGACCAUUACGUACGCCACAGAGGUGACUAACUUGCUGACGCGGACGCUCUCGAUCGGGCUCUCGGGAAUCGCCACCGUCACCGUCGCCGGCCUGCUGGUGACCACCAUGUUCCACGCCUUCGUGCUCAGGGACCUCUUCCCCAACGACGUCUCUAUUGCCAUCACCCGGAGGAAGCCAAAGUUCAGCAAGAUUCUUGCGCACUUCCGCUCCUCCAGCUCCGACAUGAAGGACCUCGUCCUCUCCGUCUCCAAGUCAUCCAACUCCGACUCCGACUCCAACACAGAGAUUGAUCCAUCCGUGACCAAAGGCAAAGCAGAGCCUUAGACCCUGCGCGCUGCGCUCUCCGUUACGUAUAGCUACCUCAAUAGCUGUACAUAAUACUCCUCUAUCUCUUGGACAAAAUAGCUUCCAUAGAUGAUUGGAAGCAUGCGGCUGCUCGGUGUAAUUACAAUGGUUGCAGUUGCACAUAUCCUUGGAGCAAAUUUUGCUGUGAUGAGGGUAUAAUGUGUGGAACGUAGGUCGAUCGAUCAGUAUGUAAA